GGGGAAAACAAGUUUUAUACAAGUACAAAUUGUUUCAUAUCAAGUUAGAUGAAACUCUAUUGCUCUUUAUUUGAAUCAAUUGUUUUUGUAAUUUUGGUCACAUUCAAGUUUAAUAAUAAUAAUUAAAAGCAGAAAAACGUUCCUCUUUUCUCUUAUAAAACUUUGCAAAUAUGUCACUUAUCAAUGAAAACAUUUCUUUGGUAGAUCCCAAGUAUAAAGACGAAAUUGCUUCUGCAAUCCUUAAUCUUCAAGAAAAACGAAUUGAUUUAAACAUAAAUUCAAUUUUAGAUGAAAUGACGGAUUUUAUUGCAAAUACAUAUACCAAUAGCGAAAAAAUGGAAACAUAUAAAAGCGUUUGGAUUAAUAGAAUUAAGUCUACAUCUAAUUUGUUAAACAUAAAAUUGACGUAUGCAAAUCCUGAAUGGGAUAAUAUCCUAUGCAGAAUAAUAGAACGCAAGUCUAGUAUGCCAUCUUUGAUUGACUUGGAGAUUAAGUCAGUAUCAACUAGUAAAAGAACCGUAGAUACAACUACUUCUAAAUCAGGUUUAAGUAUUGCUGAAAAAUCUAAAAUAAAAGAAAUGUACAAAGCCCUUGAUAAAAGUAAAAUGUGGGUACUUUCAACUGGACGACGAGUCGAAGAAGUAAUGGAGACAUUUGCUUUAAGUUGCAACUAUGAACAUCUUUCAUGUUCUUUGAUUUCGGAUGUCGAAGAUGAACACUGGUGUUCUUAUUUUAAUUAUGAUGAGUUAAAGGAAAUAAAAUCCUCAUGUUUGAAGCAAAGUCAUCAUAUACCUGAAGAGAUGGAAGUUUUUCUGAAAUCUAUUCCAAAAACAACAAGUACUGAAGAAAUUUUUGAGUACUUGAACAAGCAAAUAAUCAGCGCGAAAGAAAAAAGAAAUUUGUAUUGGGCAAAAACAUCUUUGCUUAAUGCAGCUGACUUGUUCAAUACAAAUUAUUUUACAGCAUUAGAUUUGAGUGAAAAAGAUCUUCUUCGGAGGAUGUGGUGCUUCAUCGACAACGUUUUUGACACAAGUAGUGUUAAAUUCAGAAGAAAGAAUGGAGAGAAAAAAAAUGGAGAACGGCCCGAUUUCUUGUUUCUUUGUGGUAGAUAUGAACUAGGAUGUGGGAAAAUCGAGAAGCUUGAAUCCAACUCCACAAAGGGAAUAAAUGAUAGUAGUAUUAAAUUACCAAAAACUUUGAAAGCAAUGCUUUUAAAUUUAUUUGAUCACUGCUCAAAUAUAAGGCAAGAAUUGUAUAUAAUUGGUGUCAUUAUUUCAGGUGCAAAACUAUCAUUGAAGUUUAUGGAUAAUCCUGGGGGAUAUGUUUGCCGAAUGAAACAAACAAAGGAAUAUUAUUUCCCUAAAGAAAGUGACGAAUUUCUCAAAAGAAUGAUACCUUUAGUAAGUCGGAUUUGGGAAAUGAAACUUGAUUUAGAAUGGAAUCUAAAUAUGGUGUUAGCAAGUGAUUUAGAUGAUAUGAAUGUAAAAAUCCCACCUUGUUUUUACUGAAGGAAUUACAUAAAACUGUUAAUAUCGCAAUAAAUCUUCUAACAAAUUUACAUCUUAA